AUUAGGAGAAAAAAAAUGAAAAAGGCUGAGUGGAUGUCAACGUCUUGGUUUGCGAUUAUCCUGAGUAUGCCAAGAAGUUUGCUGAAGAAACAUGGGCGAAGAACAAAGAUGAAUAAGCAAGCAUUUGAAGAGGCAGAGAAGAAAAAAGAAGAGGAGGAAAUUGGAAAGUUGCUUUUUCAAAAGCCAAUUAUUAGUCCUGUAAAUGCUGUCCAUUACUCCUGCUAUUUUCAAGAAUCUAAGGAUGCAGUCGAUUCUGAUUCAACUCAUUCCCCAGGUUGUGAGAAUAGAGACGAUGCCGAUAAUGCUGAAGAAGAUUCUAUUCUGAAACCAAAUCAGACGGAAGUGAAGAGACCAAGGAAGAUGUACAUGCAUGAUGAGCUUUGAGGCAAAAGCACCGUGAUGUUUUGCUGACAAUAUGGGUCCAGAGAUAGUAAGGCAAUUAAGCUCCCCAAAAUUUUUCCAUGAUCUUUUUUUAUCUUCAGCUGUAGGAUUUCUGUUUUAGUGGAGAACAAAAUUGAAGGAAGCAAUUUAAAUUGUAUGAGCCUUUAGAGCGAAGGUCACAUUCAGAUUAUAAAAUAGUUUGGACAUU